GUACUUCCAGCUCUCUCUCUCGAUGGUAUCCUGCAUGUCAGCAUUAUACAAGGCUCUUUCAACUACAAGUCCUUUGGUGAGUUUAUUGAGGGUUUAUUACUUCAUACCAACCCUUUCCCUGGCCCAAAUUCUGUAAUCGUCAUGGACAACUGCCAAAUUCACAAGUCAGACUUGGUCCUUGAGAUGAUACGAGAAGUGUCAGUAAUGCUAUUUGUAUUGUUAAUUGAAUAA